AUGAUUUUUUUUACUAUUCUUGCUGAUGAGUCUGCGGAUAUAUCUGAUAAAGAACAAUUGGCUCUAUGUCUGCGACAUGUUAAUAAAAGAGGUGAGGUUAUGGAGCGAUUUCUCGGUGUCGUACAUGUUGCCAAUACCACAUCUUUGACACUGAAAGAGGCAAUUGAGUCACUUCUAAUGGAGCAUUCUCUCAAUUUUUCUAGAGUUCGAGGCCAAGGUUACGACGGUGCUAGUAAUAUGCAAGGUGCAAUUAAUGGCCUUAAGACUUUAAUUCUAAAUGAAUCUCCAUCUGCACAUUGUGUUCAUUGUUUUGCUCACCAACUUCAAUUGACACUUGUUGCCGUCGCAAAGAAAAAUGCUGAUUGUGGGUGGCUCUUUGUUGAUGUGCUUGCACCUUUAUUGAAUUUUGUAGGUGGUUCACCUAAACGGAAAGAAUUUCUUCGAAAAAAACAAGCUGAACGUGUGGUGGCAGCAUUAUCUUUAGGUGAAAUUGAAUCUGGAACUGGCUUAAAUCAAGAGCUUAGUCUGAGUAGACCUGGUGAUACUCGUUGGGGUUCUCAUUUUAAAACAAUUUUGAAUGUGCUUAAUUUAUACCCAACAAUUCUUGAGUCACUUGAUGCCAUUGGAGAUGUUUCUGAUAUGUUGACCGGAAUCGAGCUGAGUCACUUACACACUUGUUGA